AUGAGUUCACCGAAUAAUACUUCCUGCUUAACUAUGGAGGAGGUACUGAACCUAAUGUGCAUACAUGGAGGUAAAAAAAAAUUCCCCAGCAGUUUUUUCCUUUAUAAAAAUAAACAUAACUUUAGUCCAUCUGAAGCUCGUAUAAAAUAUAAUCUUGAACCUCCUGGAGUCAGAACUGACUAUGAACAAUGUGCAGAAUUGAUUCGACUAAGCACCACUGACAUUUUCCUGGCUAUUGAUCUUUGCGUAGAUAAGUUUACACCCUACUCCACUUCACAUUUUAUUAUUCAAAGAGAACAAACACAGUCAGUACAACGAUCACAAUUAUCUUUAAUGAUUCAGAACAUGAUUGCAGCUUGUCUAGAUAACGUUGCUAUCAAUAAACCUGCACAACUAUUUCAGUCUUCUGUCGAUAGCGUUUCCAGUUGGCCAUUGACAAACGCAGAAUCGAUUUUUCAAGCUCCAGAAUCUGUGUCUCAUUUCGAAUAUCACUCCAUUAGAGAACAACCUACUCAAAAAACUUCUGUACCUUUUUUAAUCUCUAAUAAUAAACAAACUUUUGCGUCUUGUGAUAACCUUGAAUAUAACUUUGAUUAUCUCGUCGAAUUAGAACAAGAUCGUGAGUCACAUUCUCUAGAGCUUACGGCUCAGAGUGUAACGCAGUUAUAUUUUAGUUCCGAUACCCUUUUUAAUCUCGACUAA